CAGAGGCGGCGCCACUCACCCCGAGCGCCCGCAGCUUGCAAGCAGGUGUUUGCCUCUCCGCUGGGGGGGGCAGGAAAUCGGGGCACUGCGCCGCCCUCCCGGACGCCGAGCCGCAGCGCCCACGUCGGGCGCCCCACUGGAGCUGCUGCCGCCCCGCUUUCGGGUCCGGGGCGCCCCGUCCUGCCUCCUACCCGUCGCACGCACCCCCAGGCACCCCGGGGCUCCCGUGGGCGCGCCCAGGCUUGGCGGCAGGGAAUAAAGGCCGGCGCGGAGGCUCCCGGCCUGGACUCCACCAGCCUGGCUGUGCCCCUCCAGGAUGGACACCCGGACACUGCUGCUCUUCCUGAACGUCUGCGUGGCGCUCCCGCUGGCCCAGGGCGCCGCCCCCGCCCUGCGCUUCGUGGCCCUGGGGGACUGGGGUGGGGUCCCCAACGCCCCUUUCCACACGGCCCGGGAAAUGGCCAACGCCAAGGAGAUAGCCAGGACCACGCAGACCCUGGGCGCAGACUUCAUCCUGGCCUUGGGGGACAAUUUCUACUUCACGGGUGUGCACGACGCUGAUGACAAGAGGUUCCAGGAGACCUUUGAGGAUGUGUUCUCCGACCCCGCGCUCCGGAACGUGCCCUGGUACGUGCUGGCUGGAAACCACGACCACCUGGGGAACGUCUCGGCUCAAAUCGCCUACACCAAAAUCUCCAAGCGCUGGCAUUUCCCCAGCCUCUACUACCGCCUGCGCGCCCGCGUGCCCCAGACCAACGUGACUGUGGCCAUCUUCAUGCUGGAUACGGUGACCCUGUGCGGGAACUCUGACGACUUCCUGGGCCAGCAGCCCCAGCGUCCCCGCGACCCCGAGCUGGCGCGCACGCAGCUGUCGUGGCUCAAGAAGCAGCUAGCCGAGGCCCGCGACGACUACGUGCUGGUGGCCGGCCACUACCCCAUCUGGUCCAUCGCGGAGCACGGCCCCACGCACUGCCUGGUCAAACAGCUGCUGCCGCUGCUGGCCAAGCACAAGGUCACCGCCUACCUGUGCGGCCACGACCACAACUUGCAGUUCCUGCAGGAUGACAGCGGCGUGGGGUACAUCCUGAGCGGCGCGGGCAACUUCAUGGACCCGUCCAAGAAGCACCGGCGGAAGGUGCCCGAGGGUUUCCUGCGCUUCCACUACGGCGACGAGAACUCGCUGGGCGGCUUCGUGCACGUGGAGGUCAGCGCCAAGGAGUUGGCAGCCACCUACAUCGAAGCUUCUGGAAAGUCCCUCUUCAAGGCCAGGCUGCCGAGGCGCAGUCGCUCCUAAGGCAGCCCCGGGGGAACGGCGCCCCCUCCCUGGGGGGUGGGGAGCACCUUGCAGGACCCUCCCCCCGGGGCCUGAGCAGGCUAGCCUGGGCUGAGAAGGGUCAGGCAGAGGUGGCCGGAUACCAGAAUGCCAGGUCAGGGGUCCCGACUGUAGCCAUGGCCCGGGAGACCCGGUGGCGGGAGGCGCCCAGGAAACUAGCUACCUUUUCAGUCGCGUGUGUGUUGGUCCACCUGCCUGGUUCAAUAAAAGAACCCUUGCAAAGUUUACAGUGUCCUGGCAGGAGAGUGAGCACAGUGGGGAGGGCACUUGCUUUGCAUGCCAUUAACCCGGGUUCGAUCCCCGGCAUCCCCUAAGCUCCCCUAAGCACUGCCAGGAGUGACUCCUGAGUGCAGAGUCACGAGUAACCCCUGAGCGUCGCAGGGUGU